AUGACACACCAAAAAUUUCGACUUGAGCUCCUUUGGGCCCGCAGGAGAAAAACUGGUGGUCUUGCAGAAACCCGGUGGAGGGAGGGGGGGGAGCGGCGGCACCGCAACUUCCCUCCCCGCCUUGAGCGCCGCCGGCCGGGCCCGGGCCUAGGCCUCCCUGGCCGCCGCCGCCAGAGCAGGUACCGGAGCCCGCUACGUGCCCCCGCUAGGCCGCCGCCGCCUCCUGCGCCGCCGCUUCCGCCGGUGAAUGGUCAGCGCUGGAGUUUGAACAGGGCCCUGAACCAUCUCAACGCCAUUUGCGCUCCCGGCCCCCACCUCCUUCCUCCAACAGCCGCUCGCUCCGUCACUCCGCUUCCCACAGGCCCCGCGCGGCCGUCCGACCCCGCAGCCAAUCGCGCGGCCGCUUACUCAAACCGCCGCGCAGGCGCUGCUCCCCGCAUGCUCCGGCGCCCGCCAUUGGCCCGGCCGCAGCGCCCGACGGGAGUUGUAGUCCGGGUCCGCGAGGGCGCUAUACUCGCGGCUAGGCGCGGGAGCCGGCGGCGGGAGGAGCGGUUGUGGCGGGCUUUGCCCGCCCGGGCUCGGGAGCCCGUUGCAGCUCUUGACCACGCCGGGAGACGCAGGUGCCGCCAGGGAGGGCCGGGGGCGCAGUGCAGGCAGCUGUGUCAAUCGUUUCCCCUCCAGGGACUCGCCCGUGUCUAGGGACGGUGGGUUGUGCAGCUGCGCCAGGCCUGCUGGGGCCGCGGCCUGGGAGCGCGGAGGCGCGGAGUUCGCGGCUGGGAACCGCCCUCUACCCGGCCUGGCGAGUGCUGGCCCGACGCAGGCUGCUCUCCUGCGUGCUGCCUGGAGGAGGGUAGAAUCUCCACUACCUUGAGCUCCAUCCACUCAGGUGGACUCAUCCUUUGCUUCAGUGGAAGAAAGAAAAUCCUGCCAGGAAAACUAAUAGAAGAAUCUGUUGUGCCAUUGUUGGGUCUCUGUUGCAGCCAGGACAUGAGAACUGUCAGAACUGGAAUUGCUAAGUAGAACUGUGUAAUCUUUUUCUGAUAAUGUGUAGUACAAUGUAUCACAACUUUCAAAAUUCACUUCAGAGAGCUUGAAGUCAGAAAUGUCCACACUGGUUACAGGAAAUGUUUCCUUGUUUUAGGAUGGGGAAUCAGAAUUUAUAAUAAAAAUUAUAAAUCAUA